UGGGCGGGGCGCGGCGCCUGGGCGUGUGCGGCGGCCGCCGGCGGGGCGCGCUCCCGCGGCCGCUCCCGCUCCCCCCCGCGCUCGCACAUUGUCCGGGCGGCGGCGGCGGGCGGGCGGCGGCGGCAGAGCGCCCCGGCGCCCGGUGCCAAUGCGGGGCGGGCGCGGCACGCCGGGGGCGCCUCCACCACCGCGGUGGAAACUUCACCUCGCCGCCGGGCCGACGCACGGCUGAGCGGGGCGGCAGCCCCCGGCGGCGGCAGGGGCUCGCUGUGCUUGAAGGGAGUUUUUUUUUUUUUUUUCCUUAAAAAAAAAAGAAAAAAUUAUUAUUCUCCCUUAAACUUCCGCCCCCCUCCCCUUCCAGGAGGUGCCUCCCGCCUGGCGGGGCGUGCGAGCCGGGGGACUUGAGCCAUCCCCAGACAAGAGGACCCUAUUUCUCUGCCGGGCUGGUGAGCCAUCCAAAGGGUGGUGGUGCUCCUGGAAGUCCUGAGCUGGGGUCGGCUGGAAGAUGACUGAGUACAAGCUGGUGGUGGUGGGAGCUGGUGGUGUUGGGAAGAGCGCUUUGACGAUACAGCUCAUUCAGAACCAUUUCGUCGAUGAAUAUGACCCCACGAUAGAGGAUUCCUACAGAAAGCAAGUCGUCAUUGAUGGAGAGACCUGUUUGUUAGACAUCUUGGACACAGCAGGGCAAGAGGAGUACAGUGCCAUGAGAGACCAGUACAUGAGAACAGGGGAGGGGUUCCUGUGCGUCUUCGCCAUUAACAAUACAAAGUCUUUUGAAGAUAUUCACCAGUACAGAGAGCAGAUCAAGAGGGUGAAAGACUCGGAUGAUGUUCCCAUGGUGCUGGUGGGAAAUAAAUGUGACCUGCCAGCCCGGACAGUGGAGACGCGGCAAGCACAGGACCUGGCCCGCAGUUACGGGAUCCCUUACAUAGAAACGUCUGCCAAAACCAGACAGGGCGUUGAAGAUGCCUUCUACACCUUAGUGCGGGAGAUCCGUCAGCACAAACUACGCAAGCUGAAUCCGCCGGAUGAGAGCGGCCCUGGCUGCAUGAACUGUAAAUGUGUGAUAUCGUGACUACGCUGACUGGACUGUGACUUGGAGGGGUUUCCACUGUGCAGAGCACAAGGAAAGAGGUGAAGCGAAAGAAGAAACAAAUGGAUUUGGGGAGGAGUAUGGGAGGAGGGGGAGAGGAAGAGGAGGAGAAAGAGGACAGGGGGACCAUGAGCCCCUCCAUGGACUAUCUCGCACUUCACCCAGGCCUGCAGCAAACGACUUUUUUUUCUUUCCCCAUCCCCUCCUCCUUUGGCCUCCUCCCAUCCCGGCAACUGUACAAAGCCACAGAUUGAAUCACAGUAAAUUAUUAUUUGAUGGUCUCGACAAA